AUGCAGGUGGGUCGUCACCCCAAUAUCGUGACAAUGUAUGGAUUCUGCGAAGAGCCGGACUUUCAAUGCAUGGUGAUGGAGUACGUCCCAUUCGGUGACCUGAAGCACUACCUACAGAAUCUUCGAAAGCAGGUAAGGUAAAG